AUGGCCACCGCCUCAUACACCACGUCCGUCUCCAAAAUUCCAGGUCGCAGCUCCAUUCCCGAAGAUGCAGCCUCCAACCCCCACCACAUUGUCAAGGGAAAGAACCGAGUCGUCACAGGCUUCAAAAACCCAUACCCAUCAUACAAGGACCCCGACGUUCUCAAGCAUGUUAUAUGGGCACGACUUACGGGAAACCUGAAAUUCCCCGAUACCACCCCUCCUACUGUACCCGUCGUCAAGCCCAAUUGGCUUCCCAAUCGCGAAGCCGGCCAAGCCGAGAACAAGAUCCGAGCCACCUGGCUGGGCCACGCCUGCUACUACGUCGAGUUCCCAUCUGGCGUGCGCGUGCUCUUCGAUCCCGUAUUCGAGCCUUGCUGCUCUCCCUGGCCUGCUUCCUUGAUCGGUCCUCGAAGAUAUACCGAGCCUCCUUGCCAGCUCAAGGACAUCCCCGUUAUCGACGCCGUCGUCAUUAGCCACAGCCAUUACGAUCAUCUUUCCCACCCCUCAGUCGUCGAGAUCCAAAAAUACCAUCCCAAGGUGCAGUUCUUUGUCGGACUCGGGCUCGAAAAGUGGUUCCGAAGGUCGGGCAUCGACAAUGUGACGGAGCUAGAUUGGUGGGAAGACGCCGAUCUAACCAUUACCGUGAAAGACGGAGAGGAAGACAAGGAAAAGACAAUAACAGCACGUGUGUCUUGCCUCCCAUGCCAACACACAUCUGCUCGUAGCCCAUUCGACAAGGAUACCACCUUGUGGUGCUCCUGGGCUGUCCGCACCGGGGAGAAGAGCGUCUGGUUCGGCGGCGAUACAGGCUACCGCGCUGUUCCCUUUGUGCCCGAGGGCGUUGACGACUAUGGGCCAGAGUUUGCCUCCUUGCCCCGUUGCCCACAGUUCAAGCAGAUUGGAGAUAUGCGAGGCCCGUUUGACCUGGGCCUCAUUCCCAUUGGCGCUUACCACCCCCGUGCUGCCUUUUCAGGCAUGCAUGCCAACCCCUUUGACUCAGUCGAGAUCUUCCGUGACACACAAUGCAAACGCGCCAUGGGUAUUCAUUGGGGCACUUGGGCGCUGACCAGUGAAGAUGUACUGGAGCCACCCAGGCUCUUGAAAGAGGCGUUGAAGCGCAGAGAGAUUGCUGAAGAGGGUGUUUUCGACGUCUGUGAUAUUGGCGAAAGCAGAGAGUUUUAG